AUGGCCAUGCGCGGCCCCAACAUAUUUGCGCACAGGGCGUGGGACAGCUUAGGGAACGGAGCUCUUUUUACACACAGAAUACAGCAGUCCGCUGCGCAGCGAUUGAGCGCGCGAUCAAGCAACGCACCCAUUUCACUACCACAAUCACGAACCCUUGCGAGCCAGAUACAAUGUCUCUCAACAGCACGGAGAGUGCAACAGUCACGACCGACUGCUGCUCUCAUGAAGCAGUCUACAUCUGGUAGCGUCGCUCAAAGGCGAGUACUGCAGACCUCACAAACGCAAAAAGAGGCGCAGUUAGCAAAGAGCACGGGAAACAAGGAGCAGUCGUACAGGGACCAGGUCAAGAAAUUGUCAGAUCCGGCAGAGGAGGACGAGGACAACGAGUUCCAGUUCAAGAAGUCAGACAAGGCUGCAGCAGCAUCGCAGGUCAAUCUGAGCGCGAAGUUGUCAAGUCAUGGCAGAGAAGGCGAAGGCAAAACAGGCGGAGGCUUCAGAGAAGUCGGGAGAUUACUGAAGAUUGCUCGCCCAGAGCUUCCAUCUCUCAGCUGGGCAUUUCUUUUUCUGCUCAUCAGCAGUGGCGUCACCAUGUCUCUGCCAUUCAGCAUCGGGAAGAUCAUAGACGGUGCUACGGAAAGCUCUGGGACAAUGUUCGGUAUGAAACAGGAAUACUUCUACGUCGGCUUUGCUGCGCUUCUGGCCACUGGCGCCCUCGCGAACUAUGGCCGAAUCAUUCUGCUCAGGAUCGUGGGCGAGCGCAUUGUUACGAAGCUCAGGAGCAAUCUGUUCAAGCGGACGUUCGUGCAGAACGCCGAGUUCUUCGACGCCAAUCGUGUUGGAGACCUGAUCAGCAGGCUGGGAAGCGACACGAUCAUUGUCGGCAAGAGCAUCACCCAGAACGUGUCAGAUGGUUUGCGUUCUUUAGUCUCAGCAACCGCUGGUCUCUCGCUCAUGGCUUACAUCAGUGUUAAGCUCACUGGUGUUCUUGCUAUUGCGUUGCCGCCAGUCGCGAUCGCUGCUUUCCUGUAUGGUCGUGCGAUCCGAAACCUUUCGAGACGCAUUCAGAAGAAUCUAGGAACCUUGACCAAGAUUGCGGAAGAACGGCUUGGCAAUGUCAGGACAAGCCAGGCCUUUGCUGGAGAACUGCAAGAGGUGCACCGAUACAACACGCAGGUGCGCAAGAUCUUUGGUCUGGGCAAGCGAGAGGCAUACAUUAGCGCUGCUUUCUUCUCGGCAUCUGGUUUCAUGGGCAACUCAACUUUCCUUGGGCUGCUCUACGUCGGCAGUGGCAUGGUUUCAUCGGGUGCGAUCUCCGUUGGCGACCUUACUACGUUCCUGAUGUAUACUGGAUAUGCCGGAAGCAGUCUCUUUGGUCUGUCUAGCUUCUACUCCGAACUGAUGAAGGGUGUUGGAGCAGCCAGCAGAUUGUUUGAGCUUCAGGAUCGCGAGCCAACGAUCAGUCCUACGAAGGGAGACAUGGUCAAGACAGCUCGCGGAACGAUCGAGUUCAAGGAUGUUGCCUUUGCGUACCCGACCCGCCCAGCAGUCCCUAUCUUUAACAACUUGACGUUCAAGAUUCCGCAGGGUAGCAAUGUUGCUAUUGUUGCACCUUCUGGAGCUGGCAAGUCAACUGUGGCGAGUUUGCUCAUGCGCUUCUACACACCGACAGCCGGCACAAUAUCGAUCGCUGAUAAGGAUAUCAACACGAUGAACGCGAAGCAACUGCGCAGAAAGAUUGGUUAUGUCGGGCAGGAGCCUGUCUUGUUCUCGGGCUCCAUUGCAGAGAACAUCGCGUACGGUCGACCGCUAGCAUCAAGGAGUGAGAUUGUAGCGGCUGCACGGCAAGCAAAUUGCCAGUUCAUCAGUGACUUUCCCGACGGCCUCGAAACAUUCGUUGGUGCUCGCGGAACACAGCUUUCCGGAGGCCAGAAGCAGCGAAUCGCAAUCGCGCGUGCACUGCUGAAGCAACCAGACAUCCUCAUUCUGGACGAAGCCACCUCCGCCCUCGAUGCUGAGUCCGAAACCCUUGUGAACCAGGCCCUACAAGCUCUCCUUCGUGGUGACAACACCACCAUCUCGAUCGCCCAUCGUCUGAGCACUAUUCAACGUAGCGAUACCAUCAUCUGCAUUGGUACUGAUGGCAAGGUGGCCCAGAUGGGUCCUUACCGGGAGCUGAUCGCCGACAAGGAAGGCGCUUUUGCGAAGUUGAUGGAGUGGCAGAUGAGUGGAGCCCAAGAGGCGGCGCCAAGGAGACGAGAGCACCAUGAUGAGGAUCAUAACGAGCUCACCGAGGAGGAACGAAUGAGGAAGAAGUUGCAAGAGCACGAUAGACUUGCCGGUCUAGACCCGCAAGAGCAGGAAGAGGCAGUAGAGCAGGCUCUGGAAGAGGAGACGCAAUGGGAAACGGUCAAGGUAAAGGACGGGGACCAGCAAGCUGCUGAGACGCCGAUGGAGAAGACCGGGCUACGAGAUGGAGGAGCUAUGACCAGAGGGAAGGGAUAUGGCAACUCGUGA